CCUGCCGGGCGCUGGGAGCCGCGCAGGCCGGAGUCCCCGGGGGCCGCCAGGGGCUGGCAGUGGGCGGGCGCGGCCGGCAGCCUCGGCCCCUUCCGCGAGCGGCUUUCAAACUCGCGCCCGCGUCGUCGCCGCCGCACUGGGCAGCCUCGCGCACCGGGCGUGCGGGACCCGGCGGACGGCCGCCGCUUGAAUCUCCCCGGAGUGCCCUCGCCAGGCAGCGAUGCCAGGAUGCCGGUCUCUACCUCCCUCCACCAGGACGGCAGCCAGGAGCGGCCCGUGAGCCUGACCUCCACCGCGUCCUCGUCAGGCUCCUCCCGGGACAGCCGAGGCGCCAUGGAGGAGCCCAGCGGCCCUGAGGCCUUCACCAAGAACGGGGCAGGCUCCCCGCGUGGCAGGCACCCCCCCAACAGCAACAACAACUCCAGCAGCCGGCCCAACAAGAAGGGACCCCUGUCCCCGUUCAACAGCCGGGCAGCCGCGGCGCCUGCGCACAAGCUCAGCUACUUGGGCCGGGUGGUGCGGGAGAUCGUGGAGACGGAGCGCAUGUACGUGCAGGACCUGCGCAGCAUCGUGGAGGACUACCUCCUGAAGAUCAUCGACACCCCCGGGCUGCUGCAGCCAGAACAAGUCAGCGCCCUCUUUGGGAACAUAGAAAGCAUCUAUGCACUGAACAGCCAGCUACUCCGAGACCUGGACAACUGCAAUAGCGACCCUGUGGCUGUGGCCAGCUGCUUUGUGGAAAGGAGUCAAGAGUUUGAUAUCUACACCCAGUAUUGCAACAACUACCCCAACUCAGUGGCCGCCCUGACGGAGUGCAUGCGGGACAAGCAGCAGGCCAAGUUCUUCCGGGACCGGCAGGCGCUGCUGCAGCACUCGCUGCCCUUGGGCUCCUACCUGCUGAAGCCAGUCCAGCGCAUCCUCAAGUACCACCUGCUGCUCCAGGAAAUUGCCAAACACUUUGACGAAGAAGAGGACGGCUUCGAGGUGGUGGAGGACGCCAUUGACACCAUGACCUGCGUGGCCUGGUACAUCAACGACAUGAAGAGGAGGCAUGAGCACGCGGUCCGGCUCCAGGAGAUUCAGUCGCUGCUCAUCAACUGGAAGGGGCCCGACCUGACCAUCUACGGGGAGCUGGUCCUGGAGGGCACGUUCCGCCUGCACCGCGUGCGGAACGAGAAGACCUUCUUCCUCUUCGACAAAGCGCUGCUCAUCACCAAGAAGCGGGGCGACCACUUUGUCUACAAGGGUCACAUCCCGUGCUCCUCCCUGAUGCUGAUCGAAAGCACCAGAGACUCCCUGUGCUUCACCGUCACCCACUACAAGCACAGCAAGCAGCAGUACAGCAUCCAGGCCAAAACCGUGCAGGAGAAGCGGAACUGGACUCACCACAUCAAGAGGCUCAUCCUGGAGAACCACCACACCACCAUCCCCCAGAAGGCCAAGGAAGCAAUCUUGGAAAUGGAUUCCUAUUAUCCCAACCGGUACCGCUACAGCCCAGAGCGCCUGAAGAAGGCCUGGUCCUCCCAGGAUAAGGUGUCCACCCACGUGCGCCAGGGCCGCCGGCAGUCUGAGCCCGGUCAGCCCCUGCACAGCCGGGCAGCACUCCCCAGCCAGCAGCGAGGCUUCACGAUGCCAGGCCUUACGGGCCGUAGAAAGUCGGAGCCAACCAAGCACCUGCUCAGGCAGCUCAGUGAGAAAGCAACCAGAGCGGCCAGAGCAGCAGGAAUGAAGCAUGCGGGCAGCGCUGGCGCUCUCCUGGACUGUGGGCAGCCCUCCCGUACUCGGGGCCUGCAGCCGGAGCCUGAAGGGGCUGCCCGGGAGGAGCAGGAGCAGGAGCAGGAGGAGGAGGAGGAGGAGGAGGUGGUGGAGGAGGACGAGGAGGAGGAGCAGGCGUUUCAGGUCACUCUGGAGGACCUGGCAGGGCAUGAAGGCAGCAGCAAGGGGUCUGGGCCAGAGCCCCCAGGCUCAGAGGAAGAGGAGGAGGAGGAGGAGGAGGAGAGCCUGGCAGUGGCGGAGCAGGUAGCCGACUUUGCCAGCUCCCUGCUGGCCGCCCUCCACUGCUGGCACUAUCGGGCCAACGCUUUACUUUUCUCCCGGGGUGCUAUGGGGAAGGGGCGUAGGGAGUCUGAAGGCCCCAAGAGCUGCAGGCGGCCCAGCGGCCGGUCUCCCACCCGUGCUGAGAAGCGCAUGAGCUUCGAGUCCAUUUCUUCCUUUCCUGAGGUGGAGCCGGACCCCGAGCCUGGGGCAGAGCAGGAGGUGUUUGCUGCCGAGGAGGGUCCCAGCGCCGAGGAGCUGCCCUCGGACACAGAGUCUCCGGAAGUCCUGGAGACACAGCUUGAUGCCCAUCAGGAGCCGCUGGGGCUGGGCCACCCGAGUGACGUGGUGGACUUCGUAGUGGCCGAGAGCACCGAGGACAUGAAGGCCUUGAGCAGCGAGGAGGAGGAGGAGGAGGAGGAGGUAGAAGAAGAGGAGGAGGAAGAGGAGGAGGAGGAAACGGGGGCUGCCCAGGAGCCCGAGAGCCUCCUGCCGCCCUCGGUGCUGGACCAGGCCAGUGUCAUUGCCGAGCGGUUCGUCAGCAGCUUCUCCCGGCGGAGCAGCCUGGCCCUGGAGGACGGCAAGUCCGCUGGCUUCGCGACCCCGAGGCUGACCAGCCGGAGCAGCAGUGUGCUCAGCCUGGAGGGCAGCGAGAAGGCCGUGGCCCGCUGUGGCAGCACCGCAGACGCCCUCAGCGCUCAGCUCCCCCCCGAAGUGGACCUCAGUGUGGGGGUGGCCACAGAGAGUGGCCCUUCUGUCAAUGGGACGGAGCCCCCAGGCCCAGGCUGCUCAGCGGAGACCGACAGGUCCUCCUGCAAGAAGAAGGAGUCCAUGCUCUCCACCCGGGACCGGCUGCUGCUGGACAAAAUCAAGAGCUACUACGAGAACGCAGAGCACCAUGACGCGGGCUUUAGCGUCCGGCGCCGGGAGAGCCUCUCCUACAUCCCCAAAGGCCUGGUGAGAAACUCGGUCUCCAGGUUCAACAACCUUCCCAAGCAGGACCCGGAGCCGGUGGCCCCGUUGGGGCACAAGAGACAGGCGGGCUCCAGGCCGGCUUCCUGGGUCCUGUUUGACCUCCCAGGACCAGGCCCGGCGGGUGCAGGUGCUGGGGACCCAGCUCCUAUCACAGACGCCGAGUUCCGCCCGUCUUCGGAAAUUGUGAAGAUCUGGGAGGGGAUGGAGUCUUCCGGGGGGAGUCCUCAGAAGGGGCCGGGCCAACGCCAGGCCAAUGGCUUUGACCUGCACGAGCCGCUCUUCAUCCUGGAGGAGCACGAGCUGGGAGCCAUCACCGAAGAGUCGGUCACUGCCUCCCCGGAGAGCGCCUCCCCCACCGGGCGGCCCAGCCCGGCCCACCUGGCCCGGGAGCUGAAGGAGCUGGUGAAGGAGCUGAGCAGCGGCUCCCAGGGAGAGCUGGCGGCCCCGCUGCACCCCUGCAUAGUGCAGCUCUCCCACAUGAUGGACGGCCACCUGAGCGAGAGGGUCAAGAACAAGGUCUACCAGCUGGCCCGCCAGUACAGCCUCCGCAUUAAGAGCAAAAUGGCGACGGCCAGGCCACCACUGCCGUGGGAAGACGCAGCACCCACCACCCCCCACCUGCAGGAGGAGGCAGGAAGGCCAUCGGGUGGCAAAGGCAGGAGGAGGCCGGUGCUGUCCCUCGACCAGGAGCCGCUGCUGGCCCAGGAGCACGGCCCGCCCAGGCCUUGCUCUGCCGGGGAGAUGUCGCCGCGGCGCUUCUCCUUCAGCCCCCCUGCUGCCGCCUCGAGGACCACUUCCCCGGGCGCCCGGCCCUCCAGCCGAAGCCCCCUCAGCCCCUUGGACACUGAGACUUUCAACUGGCCCGACGUCCGCGAGCUCUGCUCCAAGUACGCCUCCCAGGACGAGGCGGCCCAGGCCAAGGGCGGCCGGCCCCGAGGCCUGCCCGUCAGCCGGAGCUGCUCGGUGCCCAACAUGGUGGAGCCAGCGCCGUCGGGCAGGCUGGGCCGCUGCCGCAGCCUGAGGGCCAAGAGGGGCCGGGUGGGCCCGGAGGCCGCCCAGCCCCAGCCUCCCGGGGGGCUGCCCGACAGCUGGCCGGACGGAGAGGAGGCCCUGCACGUCACCGCAGACCUCGCCCUGGAGGACAACCGGCGGGUGAUCGUCAUGGAGAAGGGGCCCCUGCCCGGCCCCAAUGCAGGACCCAGCUCACCAGCAGCCGUGGGGGGGCAGGGCCAGGAUCUGCAGGCGGCUGCAGAGAACUGGCCGAAGGAAGAGGGUCCCAGGGACCCAGUGGACCCGAGCCAGCAAGGCCGAGUGAGAAACCUGAGGGAGAAAUUCCAGGCCUUGAACUCUGUGGGUUGACUCUUGAGUCGGGGAGGGAGGAGCUGGGGGAUGGCUCCUUGCUGGAGUCUCACCCCGGGCCCUCCGAAAGGCCGCCGCCCCGGGAAGACUGCGCUGGUGUACUCCGCCAGUGUGGCCGCUUCCCUUGUGUAUAGUUCUCUCUGAUAAGAAGCCAGAUAUUUAAGCUCCCCUCUUCCCUGGGAGAGCACGCCCUGCGCAGGCCCCCGGCAUCGGCUGGCCACUGCCAGACGGAGGAGGCGGGCGAAGGUGGCUGGGGAGGCUCUGCCCUGUAGCUGGGCCUUUCCUUAGCAUCCGGGCGGGAACGAGGUCCGUAAUUUAUUGCUUUCCCUUCUGUGGUGUGUUUGUGUGAGUGCGUGUUUUCUCUGUUGUUGGUUCCCCGCCCACGAAGAAUGUAACGGACUCGGUUCAGGUACUUUUGUGGGUUGUCUUGCUGACCCUGUGGAUGUCGCUAAUGUAUACACAUUUCAUUAUUUGCCAAUGGUGCAAUAACCACUGCUGACCAAC